AUGGCCACUGAUCUCUGCCCCGUCUAUGCGCCCUUCUUUGGUGCCAUGGGCUGCACGUCUGCCAUCGUCUUCACCUGCUUCGGUGCCGCUUAUGGUACCGCUAAGUCUGGUGUUGGUAUCUCAGCCAUGGGUGUUCUCAGGCCAGAUUUGAUCGUCAAGAACAUUGUGCCCGUCAUCAUGGCUGGUAUCAUUGGUAUCUACGGCCUGGUCGUCUCAGUGUUGAUCUCAGACGGCUUAAAGCAGAGUUUGCCUCUAUUCACUGGUUUCAUCCAGCUCGGCGCUGGCCUGUCAGUCGGUCUGGCCGGUCUUGCUGCUGGCUUCGCCAUCGGUAUUGUUGGUGAUGCUGGUGUCAGAGGAACCGCUCAGCAACCUAGACUUUUCGUCGGUAUGAUCUUGAUUCUCAUUUUCGCCGAAGUCUUGGGUCUAUACGGUCUGAUCGUCGCUCUAUUGAUGAACUCGAAGGCCGAGACCGAUGUCAGAUGUUAG